ACGACUAUACGAUCACUAGCACGGGAACAAACUCCCAGGGCAACCACUACUGUCAUCGCGAGUCGGACUCUGGGAGCGGAUACCAUUACUCGAACAGCAACGGCAGCUACUACUACAGCAACUCGAACGGCUCGACCUACUACAACAACGGCCAAGGCAAUUCGACUUAUACCUCCCCCAGCGGCAAUGUCACGCGUAAAUAGGCGGCCGCCGAUGCGCCUUCUGGUCGUCGAAUGA